GCGCGUUGCGGUUUCAGUUGCUAAAAAGCCACCACCGCCGACACGGGUCGUGUGAACGUUGCCACUGCCGCCGCCGUAGUCGCCGUAGGUAUAUAGUUCCCCUCGAAACGUGUCAGCUGACAAUUUAAUAUUGCGAGAGUCGCCACAACGAUGAACAAGUAGUGACAGCCGAAUGAAUACAAUUUUAAAAUUUCCAAGCUCGUCCGUGUGUCGGUCAGUGUCGUAUACGUCUUGUAUACCGUUACCACAUAUUAGGUACCCACUAUAUGACGUAUAGUAACCGCGGUCGUCGUGUUCGGUGUGCGUUUCCGGUGAUUAGUGUGUGAUGUGUAAUAAUUAUUGUAUUGUUAACCAUUGACGAUCCCGACGGGACCUGCGGCACAUGAUACAGCGGUAAGACACCGUUGAGACGCUAGCCGAAGACGAUUGGACAGCACGACUUGCACCAAUACCUAUUGUAGUAGACGACACGGGAGAUCUGAGAUCGAGAUGCUUAUCGGUGGUACUUUAGCUGUCCAAUUGAAUUUCUAAACCUUGGCGGAUGACCUCCGUACGUUUCAGGGAAAUGGUACCAAAUUUGUUCUUUGUUGCACUGAUAAUCAAUGUUCCCGAUUUAUGGGCCUCAGACAGACGGCACAGUCGCCAUGCAUCGGUCGGCGGGGGAAUGACGAACCAACUCGAUCCGAGAAAUACGGCAGCAAUAAACACCACUGCUUCAAGAAAGUUCUUGCAGGAGUUUCUACAGGAUAUCCCACCACCAAUUAUUGGCCCGGUUUUCGACAAAACGGUGCCAAAUAACGUCACUGGGUUAGUUGGUAGAACCGCGUACUUACAUUGCAGAGUCAAGAACCUGGGAAAUCGAACCGUAUCGUGGAUUCGACAUCGGGACAUACAUCUUCUCACUGCGGGAAGGUACACAUAUACAAGUGACCAACGGUUCGAGGCCAUUCAUGAACCACAUUCAGAAAACUGGUCGUUAAGGAUAAAAUAUCCGCAAAAAAAAGAUUCUGGUAUAUAUGAAUGCCAGAUAAGUACCACUCCGCCCAUAGGACAUCCCGUAUACUUAACUGUGUUAGAACCAACUACCGAAAUACUGGGAGGUCCGGAGCUGUUCAUUGAUCAGGGUAGCACGAUAAACCUCACCUGCUUGGUGCAGUUCGCACCGGAACCUCCUCCGACCGUCGGAUGGACGCACGAAAAACAACCCAUAAAUUUCGAUUCUCCACGAGGCGGAAUAAGCCUGGUAACGGAAAAAGGGUCGACCACCAGCAGCAGAUUAUUAAUUCAAAAGGCGUCGUCUUCAGAUACCGGCUACUACUCUUGCGAUCCGUCAAAUGCAAAUUCGGCCACCGUCAGGGUUCAUAUAUUAAACGGUGAACAUCCAGCCGCGAUGCACCACGGCCAGGGCAGCAUCCCACUGUGCCCUCCGAUUGUCAGCGCCAUGAUCGUUCCGUUUUUGCUCAUCUUUACUGCCAGAGACCUAUAGUACCGACAACGCAAGCGUGUCUACCAGAAAUAUUUAAUAUUAACAUAUUAUAAGUGUAAUACCGCAUAUUAUUAUAACAUAACGAUAAAGGGGGAAAAUAUUUCUGAUUUAAAUGUAAAUGCCUAUCAUAAUAAAUAUCGUAUAAGUAUACUCGUUGAGCAAUAUGCUCAAAAACGUCGCAGUGGACGAUUUUGAUGUACAAUUUUAUAUUGUUUCUCGGUCCACUCACUUAUAUAUUUUCAUCGUGUUUCAUACGCAAGUCCGUCUUGUAAACUGCGGACUCACACAACACUCACGCGUACUUGUUAAAGUAUUAUAAUAUAUUAUUUACACGUCCGACAGUGAUUUUUUUUUCGUUAGCCUUUAAUAACAUCGUUGUAAUAUUAUAAUGUACCCACCUUAACGUGCAUAAUAAUAAUAAAAUAUUAUACUAAAUAUUAUACUUCUUUUUGUAUUAAACGAUACUAAAUUUAAUAAAUACCCCAUACGCGGGCUAGCGUUUAUUUUCUAACUGUGCAUAUAACUGUGUAGCAUGAUAGAUUGGUGAUAUAAUGUGCCACCGUUAACAUGUCAUCGUACCUAAUUCGUCUAUGUAUUUAUACAACAUAGUUUAUAUAACACCAAUUUAAUAUCUUUAAAUGUUUAAUCGUCUACAGAAAUAAUUAAUUGAGAACAGCUCCGAACACACUACCUCAAUAUAACCGACUUCAUAAUUAUUUUCUCUGUAUUCCAAUAGGCCUGACAUUUAACUGUAGAAUUUAUAAGCUAGAAACCACUCAAAAGUUAAUUUUUAAGAACUCAAAAAUGAUACACAUUUAGUAGGAAAAUAUUUCCAGACAUUUUCAGGCUCUUACAAUAUUGGUUGUUUAACAAUUGUAAUAGAAUAAAGUACUGUAUAUUACUAUAUUAGUGUAAUUAUAGUAAUAUUUUAUUAAUACUUUGAUCUCAUCUAAUAAACUCAGCGUCGUUUUUUUUAUUGAAAACAAAACCGAUUACUGUUUUGUCUAAGUAUCUAUCAUAAAAUUGUUACAACAAGACAAAAAAAGGGGGAUUAUGUUUUUUAG